AUGAUCUCAAACUGGAGAGUGUCUGAUGAACCGUCUCUUUCGGAUCACAGGCACAUUCUUUUCCAACUAAACCUGUCAUUCAAUGAACGGUUGGAUAAACCACCUUUGCUCUGCCGGAAAGCAGGGCAGGUGGAAGAGGCGGCGGCAAUGAUAAGCGACGCUAUAACGGCGUCGUUUGAAGACAGCUGCAAGCUACGAACUGUUCGGGGAAUGAAGAGAACACCUUGGUGGAACUCGGACCUUGAAAAAGUUCGUAAAGAGGUUCGAAGGCUCUUUAACAGGGCCAUGCGUACUAAGUUACCUGCGGACUGGGAGGAUCACAAACUCGCACAGCGCAGGUAUAAAGACCACAUUCGACGGUCUAAACGGGGAUCGUGGAGGACUUUCUGUGGCAACAUGGAAGGGCUUCCCGAAGUUCAAAAACUUCGCUCUGGAGACUAUGUAACUUCGGAACCGCCAGAAGGUGCUACCCGGGUCGGUGCAAGGCCGAUCGACUGGAGAGUAGCUGCCGGGGUUGUUACCGAGGGAUCCCUGAGAUGGGCUAUCAAUACGUUUAGCCCAUUUAAGAGCGCAGGACCUGAUGGGAUAUUUCCGGCUCUUUUGCAAAAGGGCCUGGAACCAUUACUUCUGCACUUGUUGCACCUCUUUAGGGCCUCUGUGGCUUUGGGGUACAUCCCCAUAAGCUGGAGAAGGCAGCAGCAAGCGGCUACAAACAAAACGAAAACCACAAAUCAACCAAGCAUAUCCAUAACGCCUCUACCGCGCGGUACAACCGCGACGGGAUUAACUGUAAACAAGCCCGGCGACACAAAUCCGAAGAAUUCGUUCGUCAUUUGCGAAAUAUGUGAUGGGUAUAUCAAAGAUUUGGAACAGUUACGUAACCAUAUGCAGUGGAUCCAUAAGGUUAAGAUUCAUCCGAAGAUGAUCUACAAUAGACCACCUCUUAAUUGCCAGAAGUGCCAAUUUAGAUUUUUUACCGAUCAAGGAUUAGAAAGACAUUUAUUAGGUUCCCACGGACUCGUCACCUCCAGUAUGCAGGAAGCAGCUAAUCGAAGUAAAGAUGCCGGAAGGUGUCCUGUGUGUGGCAGAGUUUAUCAAUGGAAGCUACUGAACCACGUUGGUCGUGAUCACAAUAUGACUUUGAAACCGGCGCAUCUCUCUUACAAGUGUACAGUCUGUACAGCAACAUUCGGCAUGUAUAAACAAUUCGAGAAUCACGUGUACUCGGCACAUAGUGUCGUAACAAAGCGAGUUGUCGAUAAGAAAGGCGCCAGUCCGGCUUCUAGCACCGGUUCCUCUAAGUCCGAGUCGGUGUUGAAACCUUUAAAAAUUAAUGACGAAAUUACCAUUAUCCCCCAACCGGCGAAAUCUACAAACGGCGAUGCCGAUGAUUGCGGCAUCGCUUCGACCUCAGGUUUAUCGGCCACUUCUGUACGUGCUAGUAACGGUAACUCUAGCGCCAGUAAGGGCGAGUGUUGAGUCAUGACAAGUUUAUUUUUUUAUUGCUCUAUCCGAAUAAUAGUUAUAAUGGGUGGCCUACGAGUGCCGUGCGAUAAACGAAGUGUCUAAAUGAUGUUUAGUGAAAUAGGUGGUGCGUGGUCACAUAUACGAUUGGAAGACUCACGUAGAUAUAAAUGUAUCAGUUGUUUUAAAAACUCUGACCAAUUUAUUUUAAUUUCGGUGCCUCUUUCACCACUACCUACGUUAUAGAAAAUGUGACUAGCAAAUUAUGUAAUCUCAAUUAAUUGUCAAAAAAUAAUAAAUUAAUAUUUAUUUAAUGCGAGGCGGGAGUCCAUUGCUACAGCUAUGUGACGCUGCAUACUGUACAUUAGACUGGUUUAUAUAAAUAUCGUUGCACUGUAAAGUUUUCAAUAGAAUGAAAGUAUAUCGGU